UUUCAGAGAGAGAAGGCAAUGAGGGCUGAGGUCCAGAGGCUGCAGCACGAGGUAGCAAAGCUGCGGGAAGCACAAAGACAGCCACAGGACCUGUCUUCUCACUGUGAACACUGUGACGUAGAAUGGAUAAAGAAAGCUGGCGAUGAACAGGUUAACCUGGCAUUAGCUUACACGGAGCUCACAGAGGAGCUGGGUCAUGUUCGCUGUCUGGCUGCAAAGCAGAGUGACCUUCUGCAGCAUGUCUCACAGGAGCCUGCUCCUCAGCAUCUCUCCCCAACCUCUUCCCAGCGUGCCUCACACUCCCCUGACAGACUCCUCCCCACUCCCCUAUCGCCUAUGUCCUCAACUGAAGGGCCCACCUCCUAUUCCCAUCAGCAGACUAGCAGCCGCCUACGAGCUAAGUUCCAGGGUCGCCGAAGUUACUCAGAGGUAUCUGACACAUCAGUCAACCAAAAGCCCCCAGUUCACCUGUUAAGGGACCCAGUAUCUACGCUUCCCAAACCCAGGCACGUCCAUGGGGACAUGCAGGCUUACAGCCAAACCAAAAGUCAGCUCUGUACCUCACUCGUGGGUUUGGUCAGACCAGCAUCAGCUCACGGAGCUGGAGUGGAGAGAGGAGGAGGAAGGGGCAUAGAAAGGUGUGCUGACAGCGGCCUGAGCAACAGUCCUCGUCACUGUGUUCUUGACCUGGACUUUCCUGUGGCUGCUGAGGUUCACCACUUCUGUCACACUGACGAACCAACUGAGCCCACGCCACUGGUAACACCACCUCAAUCUUCAGAUGAUGAAGAGGACGUAUGUACAUAUCCAUUGCCUGCUGCCAGCCUGCCUCAUACUCUUGGUGCUGUUGGACUGGUUCAUCGUCACCUAGGGAACAGCCCCUUCACUCCUCUUUCCAGUCUCCAAGGAAACAGCCCACCAUCCUCUUUCUCAGCCCUGGAGGCCCUACCAUGCUCUCAUGCCAUCUGCCUCCCUACGUGA